AUGUCGUUCAAAAAUCAAAUCGAUCGUGUUCUGAAUCACCUUUCAAAAUCGGACAAAAAUGACGAAGGAGUAUAUUAUUGCGGCCACGAUACAAAAGCUUUGAACCAGAUAAAAAAUAUGUAUAAAAAAUGCAGAAUAUGUAGAAGUCGCUUGAGAUGGCCGUUUACGAAAACUGUAAAAUGUCAAAAUUGUUUUUUGACGUGUCACGAAACUUGUAUAAAAUCGGUAAUAUGCCCACUGGAAAAAAAAUCUGACGAUCAACCUAUGGGCAUAUUCGAAUCUGAAGUUUAUAUUGGUCAACCUUGGAAGACGGAGGAUCGUAUUCUAGGCACAACAUUGGUCAUUGGCCCAGGGUGUUUCUCAAGGAAGGGGAACGCACUGAAAAAAUGUCAUCUAAACAUUUUUCACGGCGACGAUGAUGGUUCAUCGUAUUUUUGUAUACCUACAAAUUACGAGUACCUGUACCUGAACCAAUCAAUGCUGAUGUAA